AUGGACUGGCGCAUUCAAGCCUAUAAACACUUACACAUUGAGGAAAGGUCCAAGCCAAAAAACGCACCCGAGCCAGAUUUGUCGAGAUGUAGGGUGCUAUCUCGUUUUGGGAAUAUGAUUGUUCCCCCGAACCAGGACGCUCCGAAAAUGGAUGAUCAGGAUCUGGGAGAGUGGCUCAAAGGUCCCAAGCAGAAGACAGAACCCGAGUCACGCAAAAGCGGGUUCAGCAUCUUGUUGUGCGGUAGACCAGAACGUGUCCACGACGACCUCAUCGACGACGCCGAAGACAGCCGCGAAGUCCGCGCGGAUUUCUCCAACAUCCCAUUCAACAAGGUCACCUCGAGGUACGAAUCUCCUAAAGAAGCCGCCAAGGCCGCCCUCAAGCAUUUCCAGGCACAUACGCACAUGGGCCAGGUACUAAAGCGGCGUACCCCUUACUUUUCAGUGGCGGACGUGGUCGAACCGGAAAAAGGCAAGAUACCCUUCCUGAUUCGUUCAUACACAGGCCUAAUGACUGAACCAUUCCCUGCAGGUACAGAAAAGACCGUUUACACAGCCAUUUUCGACACUGGCAUGGAGGAUUUCAAGGAAAACCUUGCAUUCACCUCAACGUACUUCCACUCCAACGAUACUUCAUUCGGCAUCAUCCUCGGCUGUACCCAAAAAGACGUCGAAAAAGCCACCACCUUGCUCAGAGAGUGUGGGAGCUCACGGAACCAUCAGCUACUGCUACCCGCUGUCUUCCUUGAGCUACAGCGAGAGCGCUUGGCGAACAUUCGCAAGGAGCACGCGACAAAAGCACUUCAACUACAGGACAACUUUGAAGAUGUUAGGUAUUAUAAGAAUGGCCGGAAAGCAUUCAAAUUUGGCUAUCAGCCAUGGAGUAUCGCAGAAUGCACCAAAGGUCUAUCCGAGCUUUCCACCGACAGCAUUGUCAUAGCAGAGGAUAUAAAAAUUGCAUUGCGUCAGUUAAGCAAACUAAAGCGCCACGCCAAGGAGCUCGCAGAAAGAGAAGAGAAACUCAAGGAAAUCCCCGAUGCGAAAAAAAAGAAACUAACUUGGGAUAAUACUCACUGCUUUAUUGAUCUAUUCGAUGACAUCGGUGAUGAUCUUGAGCUUGUUUCUGGGGUUAUCGCGGUAAACGCCAAGGCUGCUACCACGACGGCUGAGGAGAUGAUCAAAAACUCCGCACGAAAAGACGCACGAUGGAGCAUGGGGCUCGGGUUUGUUGCAACGGCGUACCUACCUAUCACAGCGUUGGCAACAAUCUUUGCUAUGCCUAUAUUCGACUUCAAGGCCCACUGGAGGGACAUGGAUAACCAGCCCGCAAACUGGAGCGAAUCCUCCGACAGCCCCGCCUCCGCCAGUCCCUCGUCGUCACAGCCUAUCAUGUCAAUAUAUUUCACCUACUGGAUCAGCACGUCUAUUGUACUGACGUGGUUGACUAUUGAGGUUUGGUGGUUCAUGUGCUCUGAGAUUGAACAUUGGAGGUGGGACCGACACUUGUCGCUGCGCCUACUCGCGCAGGCUGCUGAACAGCUCAACGAAAUUCGCUUGUGGGCUGGCGAAUCAUGGAUACAGGUUGUUACUUGGGUCGUCAAAUCCCGCAGCCCAUUGGAAUAUUUCCGAGAGAAACGCAGGAAAUCGCAAAGCCGAAAAGGGGUUAAUGGCGGAUCUGGUGGCGGCGUGCAGUCUAGGCAAACCAGUCAGGUCUAG